CCUCUGCCCCGGGUGAUACCACAAGAAAUCACCUCCUGGCCGGGACCCAAGCAAAACACCUGAUUAACUUUGCCCUGUGCUGGCUUGCUGGGAGGCGGUGGGAGCUGCUCCAGCAGCGCCAGAGCGGAGCCGGCAAGGAUGGGAGGCAGGCUGCUGUGCCUGUGCCUCCUCGCAGCCCUCCUCGGCUACUACAUCUACAGCCCGCUGCCCGAGGAGCUGGCCCAGCCCGGCACUGUGAUGCUCGUCUCGGCCGCCUUGAGGGCCCUGGGGCACCUGUCGGAGGCAGCAGACCUGCUGGGGCUGAUGCACUACAUGGAGGGCUUGAGGCUCUUCACGGCUGUCGAGCUCGUCGCUCCCACGUCCGAUGAGAACGUCACCGUGACGGACACGGAGCUCAGCGGCGUCCCCGUCCGCCUGUUCCUGCCCCGGAGGGCGCCCGGCGGGCUCCGGAGGGCCGUGCUCUUCUUCCACGGCGGCGGCUGGUGCCUGGGAGACGCAGGCAUGCACAGCUACGAUUUCAUGUCACGGCGGACUUCAAACGAGCUAAAUGCUGUCGUGGUGUCAGUCAACUACAGGUUGGCCCCUCCGCACCAUUUCCCUGCCCAGUUUGACGACGUGUACUCGGUGACCAAGUUCUUCCUCCAGAGCAAGGUCCUGUCCCAGUACGGGGUGGACCCUGCGCGGGUCUGCGUGGCCGGGGACAGCGCCGGGGGCAACCUGGCUGCGGCCGUGGCACAACAGCUGUCGGAGGACCCUGAAGUCAAAACCAAGCUGAAAGCUCAAGUUCUGAUCUACCCAGCCCUGCAGGCGCUGGACCUGGACCUGCCGUCCUACCGGGACAACGCGCACAAGCCGCUGCUGCCGCGGUCGCUGAUGGUCAGGUUCUGGAGCGAGUACUUCACCUCGGACCCCGCGCUCCGGGAGGCCAUGGCCGCCAACAGCCACGUGCCGGCCGAGGCCGGCCACCUGCUGCCGUUUGUGAACUGGAGCCGCUGGCUGCCCGCCGAGAUGAGCAAGGCUCACGCGUACGCGGGGCCUGUCCCGGGCGGCGCGGAGCUGGCCCGCAAGUACCCCGGGUUCCUGGACCCGCGGGCGGCCCCGCUGCUGGCCAGCGAGGCCCGGCUGCGCCGCCUGCCCCCCGCCUACAUCCUGACCUGCGAGCACGACGUGCUGCGCGACGACGGCGCCAUGUACGCGGGCCGGCUGCGCGCCGCCGGCGUGCCCGUCACGCACCACCACGCCUCGGACGCCUUCCAUGGCGCCAUGACCUUCCUGACGUGGCCGCUGGAGCUGGCUGUGGGCCACCGGCUCUUCCGCACCUGCUUGGACUGGCUGAAGGACAACCUGUGAGCGGAACAUCAGCCCCUGACGCGUGGCCGGAGCUGCGCUGGAUUUCGGCCGUGAUUGCCGUCCCCUUGCAACUGCUGCGGUGUUGGGGCUGGAGCGUUUCCCAUUUGUCUGGCAGGAAAUCAGUCUGAUCCCACCCCACGCGUUCCUCCAGUGCUACUGUCUGACCUCAAACCCCCAGACCGCCAGGACUGCCCUGGGGUUCCUCCUCUGGCCCUGCGGCCUCUGGGAUUCGGUGCCCUGUCUCUGUUGCUGCUUCUUUCUUCCCAUCACAUCUUCAGCCCGGGCUGUGUGCCCAAGGGCCAGGUCGCUUUGGGGACAUGGGACAUGCUCGGUGGCUGCUUUCUUCCUGUCCCUUUGGCUCCGUGGGAUGUGGCAGCAGGGCCCCACUGCUGCCAGGGCUGAUGGGGUGAAGGGCAGCACCGGGAGGCUGCAGGAGGCUCGGGGCAGCUGCAGGGACCUGCCCAUCGCAGGCUGGGCUGGGGCUGCUGUUCCUGCCCUGCCCAGCUUGAGGGAAGCACUUGGAAACCCAGUGGGAUGGCUGAAAAAUUGUGCAAGUGUUUUGGGCUUUUCUUGUUUGUUUGUUUUGGGGGUUUUGUUUAUUUGGGGCUUUUUGUUGUCUUGGGUUUUUUGGUUUGUUUGGUUUGGUUUUUUUAAAGCACGUAUCUUGCCCCUAC